AGACCGCUGUACUGUUGGGAGGGUGAUUUCAACGUUCUGUCAAACUCCAUUUAGUCCUUCAGAAUCAGUUUAUUUGCGUCGCUCCUCCCGAACUCUCGAACCAAUCGAGAUUAACGUCAUGUUCCUGAACGGGCAGGGCUCCUGCGAAGAAUGAUCAAAUAAUUCUGAUGAUACAUAGGAUAAUCAUCAACUACUCUGGGCUACUUCUGUAAUCACAACUAUCAACCAUGUCGAGUGUGCCGCAAGUUUCCAGUGGGCUCAGCAAGCUCAAAAAGAAACACUUCCGUGUCAAGCAUCAAAAGGUUAAAUUAUUUCGAGCCAAUGAACCUCUGCUCAGCGUAUUCAUGUGGGGUGUUAAUCACACGAUAAAUGAAUUGAGCCACGUUAACAUACCAGUCAUGCUACUUCCGGAUGACUUCAGAGCCUACAGCAAAUUAAAAGUUGACAAUCAUCUGUUCAACAAAGAAAAUAUGCCAUCACACUUCAAAAUCAAAGAGUACUGCCCACUGGUGUUCAGAAACUUGCGAGAAAGAUUUGGCAUAGAUGAUUUGGACUACAAGGAAUCUAUGACAAGAUGUCGGACGUUUAAUCCUUCCCGAGCAAAACGUCGGCCUGCCUCUGCAACGGUUGCCGGAAGGACUCGGCAAUUGGUUCAGCGAUCAGCGACAGUUCCCUCAAUUAUUUUGUCCCCUCCUUCUGCUGUUUCGCAUAUUCCAGUUCUUGCUAAGCCGCAGCGUACCUACAGUCUUAAACCAAAACGAUUGAGCUAUUAUUUUAGAUCUCAACCAGUCCUGGAUGACUCGUCAGGAAAAAGUGGCGCUAAAUUUUAUCAAUCGUAUGACAAGCUAUUCAUCAUCAAAACACUGACAAGCGAAGAAGUCGAAAGGAUGCAUUCUUUUUUGAAGCACUAUCAUCCGUAUAUCGUAGAACGGCACGGAAAAACGUUAUUGCCACAAUAUCUAGGCAUGUAUCGUCUCACGGUGGAUGGAGUCGAACAUUACGUCGUUGCUAUUAGAAACGUAUUUUCAAAUCACCUGGUGACACAUAGGAAAUUUGAUUUGAAAGGGUCAACGGUGGACAGGGAAGCCUCGGACAAAGAAAAGGAGAAAGACCUUCCAACGUAUAAGGAUAAUGACUUUGUCAAGGAAGGAAUGAAAAUUUAUAUAGGAGAUGAUGCGAAAGGGAAACUUAUAGAAACGCUGACUGCUGAUGUCGGUUUUCUGACGCGGCUACAUCUGAUGGAUUACUCGCUAUUGCUUGGAGUUCACGACUGUGCUCGAGCUGAACAAGAAAACAGAGAACGUGCAGAAAGAGAGGAUGAUGAAGAUAAUCACGAAGACGAGGACGACAGUGAGUCUGGCAGCGGACUAGACACUCGUGGCCCAAUGGGAGAGUGCCGACAAUGGGGGGGCUUUGCAGUGAUGGGAAUGUCUACUCCCCCAGAAUCACCACAUACCGCAUUAAUGCGGGAUUCCAGUUUGCAGUACGAAGGAACUAUCAUACCAGAACUAGAUAUAUACGCAAUUCCUAGUUCAGAUGGUGCCCCAUUGAAGGAGAUUUAUUUCUUAGCAAUAAUAGACGUUCUGACGCAUUACGGGGUGAGGAAGCAGGCUGCAAAGGCAGCAAAGACCGUCAAAUAUGGUGCAAAUGUAGAUGGUAUAUCAACCUGUGAUCCCGAGCAAUAUGGAAAGCGAUUCAUCGAGUUCAUGAGUAAAGCGAUAGAGUAAUUGUUAAAUCGCGAAUGCGUUGAAAUCGAAACACAUAAUUUGGUACGGUUUGAAAAUCAAAGAUUUUCAAUUCAUCGAAGAGACAUUAAAAAUGAUCAAUUGGUCGAUCGAUUGAAACUGGAAGCUGAAUUAAUUGUCUACGCCGGGGAUCGAAUUAUCUGUACAAUUAAUUUGAUGUGGCAACCCGUAUUACCAAUUUCACUACCUGUUGCACUUUGCAUUCUCUAUAAUGAGGCUGCUGAAAUGUGCACAGUUAUCUAUUGUCUUAGGCGGCAAAAAGUUAUAAAAAUUUUUAACAGCAAACGUCAGAUGAUAUUAGAAACUGUUGAAACAACAUCGGAAUGGACAAUUAUGGUAAAUAAUGCAAAAUAUAUUCCAUCCCGCAUUACUUAUCCUCUGUAAAACCACAAAGUAAAAGGUAUGUCUCAGGCUCGGGCUUAUUUAACUCUGAAGUUAUGAUCUUCGCUUUAUCAUUCUAAUUGGGACGCAAGGACUGCUAUUCGGUAAAUUUUUUCACUAAAGUUUUUUAAUGUUAUCUAUUUAGUCCUUGAAACUGCUGAACUUAAAUCAUGAAUGACAAAUAUCUGAUCAUUAUAAUGGAUGAAGUGAUAUGAAUUUUUCUAAUUAGAUAAUGUACAACGUUGUAGAUAAAUUGUUUUGUACGUUCUUGUCGUUAGUCGUGUAUUAAAAUCGGUUUCUGCACUACUAGUGAUGUUUGUGCCUCAGCGGUGUUAUAAUUUAUUCUCAAUUUUCUACCGGUUGAUUUAUUCGCGUCAAGUUAUCAGUGCGUUACUUGAUUUAUCAUAUUAUGUAACAUGAUAAAUAAGACGUUAAUCUCACUAUAAAAAAAACACCAAUAUUUAUCCACAAGAUAUGAGAUGCUUUGGCACAUCUUUUGCUUUACAGAAAUCGACUUCGAUAUCGGUGGGCAUGCGUGAGAGCACAAUACUUUACUAUUGAAUAUAAGAAUAUUUCAUCUGAAGUUAUCCUGUUAGUUCUGAUAGGCUCGUUUAUACACGUGUAUAUGGAUACCCAUAUUACUACUUACGUAUGUUUACUACAAGCGAGUACAAUAUGCUUACCUACCACCUACUUAUGUACGUCUAAGUGUUACUAUGCUUAAGAAUUUCACAUAAUACAUGGUAUGCGUUUUGAGAGUUCUUACCGGAUUAUCUGCAGCCAAAAUGAGACGUAUUCUCCUAGACUUCUAUUUUUUUUUUUCAGAGUUUUUUUUGAACUCCUGUAGAAAAAAAAAUUUUCAGUACAUAUGAGGAGAUUUAUUCGUCGCUCUCUCUUCUACGUGCUAAUUUCAAUCUCUCAAAAAGCAUACCAUUGAGAAAUCCGUGUAAUACUAUGGAAAUUUAUUGAUCCAGCUUUUCUGAUUAUCUGUACGAUGAAUGGUUGAUGGGAAUCAAUCUUGCAGACUAAAAAAGGCUUUCGAGCGUUCAAACUCAGUAUUUCUAUUUGUAUAACGAACAAGAAAAUUGUCACCGAUGAGAAACAGAAAAGAAAUUGAUCCCUUUUGCAUUAUCUUGGGCGAAAUUUCUCCUAUGAUCAUUAAAAUUAUCUGACCAAAUCAAGGUCGCCACACGACUUACGUAACUUUGGGUAGAUUUAGCAUCUCUGCCGCUUUAAUCUUUAAUUUUUUUUUCCAAUAUUCAUUGUUGCUUCUGACUAAAAAAGUAAUGGAACUCCGUUGUGAUGAAGGAAUUAUAAUUUCUCUUUUUUUUAAGUCUAAUAUUAUGAUACUUGGCCAUGAUUUCUAGUAGAUUCGACGAGCGUAUGUAUUUGCACUAGAAAUAUCUGAAAUAUUGCCCAAAAACUAACCAUUGCGCGCGUAAUAAUUUCUGCAAUGCUUAAAAAAAAGUAAACAUAUUUAUAUCUUGUUAUACCAGACCAUAUUACUAUAAUUCAUCGAUCUAAAGUGUAAGAUACAUCUAGUCCGAAUUCAGUGAGUUAUAAAAUAUGCUUGUGCUGGCUAUAUCUGUACUUGCAUGAAACCAACGUGCGCAUAAAAUUAUUCUUGAGUGAGAAAGAAGCUACAACAUGAGCUCUAGGUGUGAAUGAUAAAGUCUAACGGUAUCCGAGGUAUUCUAUGAGGAUUAUUCAUAGAAAUCAUUUUUCAUGCCAACACUAAAGUGUUUUAGUCAUUUGAAGAAUUUGGAAACUGACUCUGACUCAUCGGUCAAGCGUGGCUCUUCAAUCGACUUGUAACCGUAUCUCAUAUUUUACAAGUUGAACAAAAAAAUUAUCAAUCUACGUGCACUGGAGACUUUUUUAGAGUGUACAACGUCGAUGAAACAAUCCAGUUCACAUUUGUGAUCCAGAUUCAUUGGAUACAAUUUCAUUGAUUGGUGAUAUUUUUAACAACGUAGCCAAUGCUACGUAUAUGAGAUAUUCUAAUAAUUUUAACUUUUCAUUUUUUCUCAAGUGAACAGCCACUUCUGUAGCUCUAAAAAACUAACUAGAUGAACUAUUAUCAUCACAGCCACACACUUUAUGCUGUAAUUUAAUGAUUACAGAUUCUUAUUACUACAUCUGCCUCCACUUGAACUAUUUUUUUUUUUUCAGAUAUCUCAAAUUUCAUAUUUUAAUAUUAUGUUGACAGAUGAAACAUUAUAGAAUUUGAUUUGUACUAUGCAAUUUUAAACCAUUGUAAACAGAUGUCAUGUACAGUAUUUUUAAGUUGCCGGUAUAAUCCGCAUUCUGUUAGACUUUAGAAAAUGGGUCAAGAUAUCCCUAUCUGUAUAAUAAUGCAUAAGUUCAAAAUUAAAAUAAAUUAAGGAAAAAAA